AUGAUCUCUGAUAUGGACUCUCCAAUGAUGUGCUGUGAUGAGCAAUGCACUACCCACGAAAUGCCUCCAUCCCAAUAUGAAGAUUCUGGCCUUGCGAUCGAUCAGCUUUCAGCAGUGUUGCGAACUGAACAGACUUACGCCGUACCACAAAUUCCCUGCACAGCGGCAAUGGGACCAAUCAGCUCCCUUCCCUACGGGGAAUGGCGCCGAAAAAUAUGCCAAUGGUGUUUCAAGGUUGUGGAUCACUUUCAGCUGGAUCGUGAGGUUGUUUCGUCAGGAAUGAACAUUUUUGAUCGUUACCUGGCUUCGCGGCCAAGACCUUGCGAAGCCGGUGGGUGUGCUUGCCCAGCAUGCCAAAAGAAUAUUGACAGCAGACUUUUCCAGCUUGCUGCCAUGACAUCGCUCUACAUCGCCAUGAAGAUGUAUUCCGAUAGCCGAAGGGAUUCUCCCUACCGCAACUUGAGACUUUCCGCAUUUGUGGAGCUUUCUCGAGGCCAGUUUACGGCCAAUGAUAUCUCUGAGAUGGAACAAUCCAUCUUGAAGGACCUAAAAUGGAAAGUGAAUCCUCCUACCCCCAUGACUGUGGUCCCAUACCUACUUCAGGUUAUGCCAACCAGACCAAUGUCUCCUUCUCUAAGACAACGAUCUGAUUUGGUCUUGCACGUGCUACAUGAACUUGCUCGAUACAUGUCUGAGCUAUCGGUUUGCCUUGGAAGCUCAUCCUUCCAAUACUCGCCAUCGCAAGUUGCCUUUGCAUCAAUCCUUGUUUCGAUGGAUCUCUUGACCCUUCAUGCUCUCCCAAUGAGCAUGAGACAAGAGUUCCUUGAAUCGGCAAUGAAGAUCUCUCGUUUCUCGGGAGGAACUAUUCUUUCUCCACAUGAUAGCGCCAUCAUCACUUUGCAAGCGCGUCUUCGACAAUCUUUUUGGCCAGAAAUGUUGAUUGAUGACCAAGAGUGUGUCGACCCAGGGCAUCCUAUUUUCAUGGCCCGUGAAUACGGUCUGUUGGAUAUUGCUACACUUGCAUCACCUCAAAGUAAAUGGACAACUACCGAAGUCAAUGUACACGGAUCACCUGUAUCUGUGCGGGGGGGAUUUUAA